AUGGCCUUAGCAGCCUUCCUAGCCGAGCUCCAGGCAGAGGCCAGCUGCCCCAUGUGCCUGGACUACCUGAGGGACCCAGUGACCACUGACUGUGGGCACAACUUCUGUGGCUCCUGCAUCCGCCAGUGCUGGGAAGACCUGCAGGACGUCUUCCCCUGUCCCGUCUGCCUCCACCACUGCCCUGACUACAGCCUCAAGAGGAACCCCCAGCUGAGCCACAUGAGUGACAUUGUUAAGCAGCUUCCCACCACGAGGAGCAAGAGGAGGCGGCAGGAAGAGAAAGCCCUGUGUGAGCAGCACAGUCAGGUGCUGGACCUGUUCUGUGAGAAGGACCUGGAGUUCUUGUGUCCCCAGUGCAGGGUCACAUCUGAGCACCGGGAUCACCUCCUCAUGCCCAUUGAGCAAGCUGCAGCUUCUCUCAGAAAGAGGCUGAAAAGCUACAUCGAGCCCCUGAGGAAGCAAACAGAAGAUGCUGAGAUGGGGAGAGAUGCCCAACUCUCAACCUCCAUUGCGUUGAGGACUAAGUACAUCGGCCUGCAGAAAGUGAUCGACGCGUUUAAAGCGGAGUUGACACUAGAUCCUGAGACUGCCCAUCCCAAUCUGAUCAUCUCAGAAGACAGAAAAGAAGAUGCCAUCAGAGAGGACGAUGGGAAAUGUCAGCAGGAGCCUGUCAUCUCCCGAAUGCUGAUGGCAUCUGGAAACUUCACGGUGAAGCGACAGGUUGUGCUGGUGCCUGUUCUGGCCUGGACCGAGGAGGACAUGCCCGAUCUGCAAGGACGAGAGGAGCUGUCAGUCCGAGCUGCUGCCGAGGGAACCACCGCCCACGCUGGGGACAGAAGGGCAGCUCAUAUAGGCGGGCAGAGCCGACCCAGGGAGAGCGCAGGCGCCAGCCAGGGUGGUAUUGGAGGCCACUCAGAGGAAAUGUGGACAAAUCAGCUUGGAAGGGACCUGGCCAGCAUCGCGGAUGAUGCAGGCGAGUUCACAGGAUGUGGCUCUUGA